CGUCGCUGAGGUCUUCUAACUUUUCUUGAUUUAUACAGGUGGCUAUCAAUACUAAGCCAUUCUCGAUUCAUCACGCUCCCAUGCAAUAUCGCGAUGGUAUCAGUACGCUGUUCAUCAACUCUGAUCAAAUGAUGUUUGAUUCAACCGCCCAACCCAUGGUGGCCAAGAUAGUUCAGGUGCCCCACUUUGUCUCAGUGGGAUGCAAUCACACUGCCAGUGCGCUAUUGAUGACACAAAGUUUCAGAAAAUACCAUAAAUAAAUGUGUAGUAACACGACCCUUUUGUACAACCCCCUUCACUGAAAUGGCCAUUCAAACACUUCCAACCUCAACUCAGAUACUUGUUGUCGGCGGUGGACCCGCCGGAAGUUAUGCUGCUGCUGCUUUGGCUCGAGAAGGUUUUGAAGUCACUCUUCUCGAAGCUGUGAAGUUCCCUCGAUAUCACAUUGGCGAGAGUUUGCUUCCGUCGAUCCGCCCUUUCUUGGGAUUUGUUGGUGCAGAGGAAUCUAUCAUGAACUACGGGUUCACAGCCAAGCCUGGUGCCGCAGUCAAGUUGAACCAGUUCAAGCGAGAAGGAUAUACAGAUUUCGUCGCGCUGGACCCAAACAAUGGGUCUUGGAACGUGAUUCGAUCAGAAUUUGAUGAUUUGCUGUUUCGCCAUGCUUCGAAGUGUGGUGCAACUGUGUUCGACAACAUAAGAGUCACUGAACUUCAGUUCGAGGGUGAAAGACCUGUUUCGGCCAACUGGAAGAAUGCCAGCACUGGAAUAGAGGGCCAUAUAUCUUUCAACUACCUAGUUGAUGCGUCAGGAAGGAACGGGAUCAUGUCCACCAAGUAUCUCAAGAACAGACGCUACAAUCAGGCCCUCAACAAUGUUGCAUGCUGGGGAUACUGGGAUGGAACCGAAUGUUACAUGCCGGGUACUACUCGCCAGAAUGCUAUCUUCGUAGAAGCACUCGAAGAUGAGUCUGGAUGGGCUUGGUUCAUCCCUCUUCACGAUGGAUCCACAUCUGUGGGAAUUGUGAUGGAUCAGGAGUCAAGCAAUCGUAAAAAGAAGGCUUCCCGUGCGGCCUCAGGAGAAUCUGGCUCGAAUCUUCUGGCUCAUUAUAAGGAAGAACUUUUGAGCAGAGCUCCUGGAGUCCUCAAAUUGAUCGGAAAUGCCACUCUUCGAAACGACGGUAAACCGGAAGCUGUGAAGUCUGCGAGCGAUUUCAGUUACUCUGCUCCCUCUUAUGCUGGGGAUCAUUACCGACUGGCAGGGGAUUCUGGAGCAUUCAUUGACCCAUUCUUCUCCUCUGGCGUUCAUUUGGCUUUCACAGGAGGACUUUCAGCUGCUCUCACGAUUGCUGCGUCAAUUCGAGGACUCUGCAGCGAAGAAGAUGCCCAACGUUGGCAUACCUCAAAAAUUGCCACAUCUUACACGAGGUUUCUUCUUGUCGUCCUUGGCACCUAUAAACAGAUCCGCAAUCAGGCUAUGCCAGUCAUGAGCGACGUGGAUGAGGACAAUUUUGAUAGAGCCUUUGAUCUCAUCAGGCCGGUGAUACAAGGAACUGCAGACGUCGGUAAGACGUUAACGGAAGACGAACUCCAGAAAACUAUGGACUUCUGUCGUCAUCUAUUUGCACCAACUGACCCCGAGAUGCAUUCUGCAGUCAAAGCUAGAUUGGACCCUUCCCUAACAUCCCCAGACGCGCCCAUCAUGACAGAAAGCGACAUCGAUCGCUUGCUCGGAGGUGCUGACGAGGAAGCCAAGCACGUUUUGAGCGAGAUCAACGCGCGAAAGCCCAUACAUACAAUGUACAACCCGACGGAGAACUUUGGUGUUGAGGAACAUUUUGGUUUCAAAGCUGUCUUGGAACGAGGCAAAUUGGGUUUGGUGACUGCGUAGGUCAGGUGUUACUAGCAAUGCGGGGUUGGAAUGGGCAUUUCAUGACUCGGUUAUUCGCUGAUACGAUGACGGAGGAAUCCAUCUAGACAAAAACGAAGUAUGUUGGCAGGUAGUUGGACUUGCACUACAUACAUGUAGAGCAGUGUAGAGCUUAAUUUAUAUAUUUCACGUUG